AUGUCGGUAUACGUGGAAGACGACUAUGAAGAGGACCUGAGGCGGUCUGCUGCCAGAGAGGCGGCUGAAGAAGGACAGAGUCAGGGAGACUCUCAGACGGAGGAUGUAAAAGAUGAAGAUGAGGAAGAGAAGGCUCCUGUGGGAGUGACAACCGCUGCUGAUCGGGACGCUCUAUGUAAGAGCACGCGCGACGAGCUACGGGCGGCUGGAGAAGGCCGGUUGGAGGUGACGAGUGGCGUCAAAGACGCGGUCAAGCCGAGGAGCGCCGCUGGGACCCGGCCGGCGUUUGACUGGAGCUGGACGUCCAAGGGGUUCACACCCUCGGACAACACGGUGCUCGCGUACACGGCGUCCGUGCCCCAGCCGCCUUACGAGGCUCCGCCGGUCGCCGUUAAGAAGACGGUCGCUGCCAAUCCGGUGGCCCCUUACAGGACCACGGGACCGGGCGUGCCUGGGACGGGUACUGCUCGGACGGCUACUGCUGCUACGGGAGGUCAGAGUAACGCGGCGACCCGGACGCAUCCUGCUCCGCCUGGAGUACGUAGGACUGGUCCGCGCCCUGAUUGGACGGGACUAGUAGGGAGCGCCCCGGGCGUUCCGCCGCGUUCGGCAGUGGUGCCGCGAGGUCCGCAGGCCCCUUCGCGUGCUGGUGUUCGACCGCCGGUCCGGGCCCUGCCUGGGCCGUCACGCCUGCCGAGGCGUGAAGACUGGACCUCGAAGAUGUCGACUGUGAUGAAGGUGCUGCCGAUGUUCUACUCGGACACGGCUACGGUGGAGAAAGUGCGCGACUUCUGGAAGCUGUUCGAGGACCACACUGACCGGUUGCCAGACAGAGAGCGACUGUUGGUUUUUCGACAGAAGCUGAAGGGACGUGAGGCCGAAAGAUGGUGGAGCAACGCCAGCAUCAAGUCGUUCGCGACGCUGAAGAGACUGUACUCCACUAAGCGUGAGCGUGGCGAGUCUGUGGAGGAAUGGGGAGACCGAGUCACGGAUCUGUGCGACUCCCUCGACUAUCCGAACCCUCAGAUGCGGUAUCAGUUGUUCCGUCGUGGCCUGAAGAACAAGAGGAUGCUGGCUGCUCUAGAUUCAAGCCCGACUCGAGAUAUUCCGGAGGCGUGCGAGUGGCUAAUGCUUAAGGACAUGCAUCGUCCUGUGGAGGAAGACGACGAAUUUCCUGACGAGUCGCGGGCGAGGACUGAUAGUCACACGGCGACUGUGAACGCUCUAACCCAGAAGCUGGACGACUUCCUGUUGCAGCAGCAGGAAUGGCAACACCAGGUGAUGGAAGAUUUGCAGUCCGUGCCGCCGGCUGCGGUGCCUACUGUAUCGGCGGUGGUGCCGAUCUCCGGAGGCCACGGACAGCUCCCUCCCGCUGGUGGAGCUGGUCCGUUCGGAGGGGAAGAACGAGUCACUCCUUCCUCUGGUCAAGUGGAUGACUCGAGUGGCGGCCGAGUGAAGGAUGGAGGAGACAAGGCCGUUACAGUGGACGUUGAUGAAGAGGUAGCAGUGACGGGGAAAGACGACAGCGCGGUGGCUGUUGUGGUGCAGAAAGAGAAGAAGACGAAGGAAAAGGAGAAAAAGUCGAAGGAAAAGAGGGGUAUCCGGAUAGUAGGCACGGAAGAAGAGGGAAACCUUGUCGUGGUGAACGACGCUCCGGAACGGUGUGAGAAGGUAGCCGUGGAUCUACCCAAGGUGGCCUCUACGGUGGGAACUACCGUCGCUGUCGACGGCGUCACGGUUCCUGUGGAGACUCUGCCUGUGGGGCAGAAGACGCGGCCGGAACGAAGGAUGCGUGCGGAAGGGGUAAGCAGUGUUGAUGGACCUAGCGCCGCUGUGACGUACAGGAACAAAAGGGCUGACACGGACGAGGAUGCCAAACCGAGCAAGGAGAUCGAGCAAGCUGAAACUGGCUGUAUUUUCACGGAUGCGGAAUUGGACGCCAUGGAGGAGUGUGAGCCCGGCCAAGAGGCUACGGUUCUAGCUGGCACGAAAGUUAAUACGGAAAGUAAAGAAUAUGACAAGGAGUUAGAAGACCGUUUGUACCCGUUGGACGAAGCCGUUGUAUUGGAGCGUGUGCGGCUAAACACUGAGGCCGUAAGGGAUCCUUCGAUAGCGGAGUUGUCUCGGUUGUUGGGCAUCUCACCCGAGGUCUUGGAGCGAACUCGCCGUGCCUUCCCUGGAGAGCUUGCAUCGCCGGAGCACUGGCAAGACUGGUUCCGGAAGACGUUGGAGACGACCGAGGAGGCCAAGCGGUCCAACCGAGACUUCAAGACGCCCGUAGUAAAUGCUGUGCGUACGGUUAUUACUACCCUAAGAAGGUCGUCGCCGUCGGAGAAGCUGAACGAGGGCCGUGAGACUCCCCGACGAGUGGAGGAUCGAGGUGAGGACGACGUCUGUGCCAACAUCCUGUUGCCCGCCGUCGAACCUGAUGCUGGAGGAGAAGACGGAAGACUUUCACGCUCUGGGGACAGUUCUCCGGUAGUUGAUCGUCGAGGCGUACGUGCGGCGGCGCGUACCGCCGCUUAUCGCUGGUUGAAAGAGUGCUUGGAGGCUGGUAGCGCGACGGCGUCGACGCCCGGCGAAGACGGACCUACGACUGACGGAAUUCAGCCUAGGUGGGACGAGGCGCCUACUCCGGAUUGGCAGCGUCUCUGUGCUCUCGCCGAAAGGGGGGCAGCUGGACCUACUAAGAGCGGGAUACCGUGGGGACGUUUAGAGACAUACCUCAUAGCGUACUUAGAGGUGGAAGGGGCUCUCGUCUGGACCAAGCUCCUCCUGCGGGCUAAAAGGGGGAGGAAUUCGUCGGCACGACGCCGUGAGCGGCGGAGAGCGGCCCGGCGGAUGGAUGUCUCUACGCUCUUCGAGCCAACGGCUGGGUUGUGCGAGCUGCUGUUCUAUCCCGAGGACGAAGACGACGCCUCCCACUACGUGGAGGUGGUGCGGCCGUCACCGAGGGUCGUUACGAAGGUGCCGAAGACCGGCUUGGUGGAAGUAGCUACCGUGGAGCUGCCUGGUGGGUCUGGCGUCUCCCACGAUGACGUAAGAGCCGAUGUCCAUGUCGUGGUCGAGGAUGGCCGACGAGUCGUGUGCGCCGUUGGAAACUUUGAGGCACUCUCGAGUGGGUACAUUGAGUGCUUACCGUCUCGGAUGCUGGCCGACACUGGUGCGACUCUGAGUCUCGUGGACAGUCGAGUAUUGAAGCGAUUGGGCCGGUCCCAGGAGACGCUGGAGCCGUACGGCGGCCAAGUCAAGAGCUCGUCGGGACACCCUCUCAAGAUACGGGGAUGGAUCGGUCUCUCACUGCGACUGGGAGCUGUGGAGGUCUCCCUUAGUGUGCUGGUAGCUGACAAGUUGCACGUCGACGCCAUUUUGGGGGUGGACGCCUUGGGUGCUUUUGGGGCGGUGAUCGAUGUCGCCGAACGAAGGAUGACGCUCAAGGGUACCGGUGAGGAGCUACCGCUCGGGUACACGGUGGUGCAGGACGCCUACAUGGCUCAGAUGGCCGCCUCGAUACGCCUGCCUCCGCGAGGCCAAGCUCUAGUGAUGGCCAACGUCGUCGGCGACGCUGCUGACAAGACUACGGUCCUGGUGGAAAGCACUGUUGGUCUCUCGCCUGCUCUGUGUGUCGCGCGGACCUUGUGCACGGUGGAAAACAGCCAGGUCCUAGUCGAGGUGUGUAAUGCGUCGUCCGACUUAGUGGAGCUCGAGCGCCCGGAGCCGAAGGUGCCGCCCGACAAGGAAGAGAAGGGCGAGGCGGAUUUCUCACAGUCCAAGUUGACGGACGAACAGAUUGAACUGUUCCGCGAGGAGCUGAUCCGCUUCGACGACUUAUUCGUCACGUCGUCCAUGAAACCUGGGAGGACAGACCGACUCAAGUUUGAGAUAGACACCGGGGAUAAUAAGCCCAUAAAGCAGCCGCCCUACCGUGUGUCGAUGGCGGAAGGGGAAGUCAUGGAGGCUGAAGUGCAGCAAUACCUGGAUCUCGGGUUGAUCAGUGUGGUGUUGGAAAUCCCACGUGAACUCUAG